CUCAUAUCCGACCUCUGCUGGUCAAUAGGCGUCAGAGUGGAGGUCGGGGUGUCUGCGGUCGCUGGUCUCUGCAGAGCGCGGUCUUCAGGAUGAAGAUGUUCCUCCUGCUUGUUUGGGUUUGUUGUCUGUGUUGGAAAACAGAAGCUCAGAGCCAAUCCUUUCUGGUCACAGCCCCGCUCUCGGUGCGCCUGGAUGCAACAGAAACUGUGUUUGUUCAGCUCUUUGGUUAUACAGGGGACGUAACCGUCUACGUCUUCUUGAAGACCUCCAUGGCUUGGGAUCACAGGGAACUUUCUAAGGACUCCCUGGUGUUGAACAGCCAGAAUAACUACCAGGGCAUUGCCACAGUCCGGUUGUUACCACAUCCCGAGAAUAAGGAUUUAAAUCAUGUGAUCCUUCAUGUCCAAUCCGAUGGGUUCAACCGAGCCCUUUCCAUCCCAGUUAGCCGGUCCAACGGCUUCCUGUUCAUCCAAACAGACAAACCACUCUACACUCCUCUUCAGAAAGUGAAGGUGAGGGCUUUCUCCAUGAACCAGGAGCUAAGGCCGGCCAAUCGUAGCAUCUACCUGACCUUCAAGGAUCCCGAUCAAAUCACUGUAGACAUCGUAGAGAUUAUCGAUGUAAACAAUGGGAUCCCAUCGAUGCAAAACCCCUUUAAAAUCCCUGUCAAACCAAAGUUGGGAAUUUGGACCAUAGACGCUUCUUACACGGACGAUUUCACCACAACAGCAAAGACAGACUUUGAAGUUAAAGAGUAUGUCCUUCCUAGUUUCUCCAUCAAGAUGAUUCCACAGACCAACUUCAUCAGCUAUAGUCAGUUCAAUCAGUUCAGCUUCAAGAUUUUAGCCAGGUAUCUCCAUGGUGCACCGGUGGCUGAGGGAGAGUUAUUUCUGCGUUAUGGUUUUGUCAGAGGGAAAAAUGCUCCAGUUAUCAUUCCCACCUCAAUCACCAGAGAUCGGCUGUCUCCAACAGGUGAACUGGAUGUGACUGUGAACAUGCAGAAGGUUUUGCAGAAACACAGCGGACCAAGAGAUCUUGAUAGCCUUGAGGGAAGCUACCUGUACGUAGCAGUCAUGGUAAAGGAGGACACAGGUGGGAUCACUCAAGAGGCGGAGUUUGCUACAGUGAAGUUUGUAAAGUCUCCGUACCGUUUGAGCCUCAUCUCAACUCCUCCGUUCAUCAAACCUGGACUUCCUUAUAACAUCCAGGUGUUGGUAAAGGAUCACCUGGACCAGCCGGUUAGCCAGGUGCCGGUGCGUCUGGUGGAGAACACGCUGCUCCUGACUGGAGAAGAGAGAGUGACCUUGUCCUGUGGGAGCAUCAUGUCCAGAAACAGUGGGUCUGAUGGCCUCUUGUUUUACAUCUGUAACCCGCUGAAGAACUCAGUCGGAGCAACACUGAAGUUUGAGACAGCGGACCCCAACCUCCCAGCGCAGAGUCAGGCUAGUCUGACCCUGGAGGCCGUGGCCUACCACUCCCCAAACCAGCGCUACCUUUACAUCAACACGCCCAUGUUUGGUCACAGCCUGAAGGUGGGGCAAUACGCCAACAUCCAGGUGUACGCAGCGGCUCCCUCCUACCUGAACAUUCGAACCCUGAGCUACCUGGUGCUCUCUAAAGGCAAGGUGGUGUUCUUUCAAAGUCAGGACUUUGUCCCCAGCGUUGAUGGCAAACAGAAUCUGAAUUUCCUGGUGACCUCCUCCAUGGUGCCAUCCAUCAGACUGCUGGUCUUCUACAUCCUGCAUGGAGAAGGAACAGGGGAGCUGGUGGCCGACUCUGUUUGGAUGGACAUCAAAGACAAGUGUGUCAACAGCCUCCAGACCAGCAUCUCCUUCCAACAAAAGCCCUACAAGCCAAAUGAGAACAUCCAGCUGAACGUCAGAACCAAUCAGGGCAGCUUGGUGGCGCUGUCAGCCGUAGACUCUAGUGUCUUCACCAUACGACCCAACUAUAGGGAUCCUGUUUCCAUGGUCCUGCGCCACAUCGAGAAGAGCGACCUGGGCUGCGGAGGAGGUGGCGGGAAAAACAACGCAGACAUCUUCAGACUGGCUGGCCUCACCUUCAUGACCAAUGCCAAUGCCGACCCUGCAUCCAGCAACGAGCCGUGCACAGCAGCGGUGCGUCCAAAGAGAGCCGUGACUGAGGCAGACGAGCAAAAAAAAGCCAAUAGUUUUGGUCCUCAGAGGCCGUGCUGUAUACAGGGAAUGAAAUACAUCCCAAAGAGUGUGAGCUGCCAACAGUUUGCUGACCAGCUCUUCAGAAGAGUCAAAAAUUUCAAGGAAGAUUGCAAGAGAGUCUUCACUGAGUGCUGCGAGUACAUCCAGCAGAAUGUGGACCAAAACAACAGGCUCGUCCUGGGACGCCAUGAACUGGGCGCAGAUUUUGAUCAGGCUCCAUUGGUGAGAAGCUACUUCCCAGAGAGCUGGCUGUGGGAGGUGCUGCCUGCAAGAUCAGGUCAGCUGUCUGUGUCCAGGUCUCUGCCAGACACUCUGACCACCUGGGUGGUAAAAGCAAUUGGAAUGUCCCCUGAGGGCGGAAUGUGUGUGGCUGAUCCUGCGGAGGUGUCUGUCAGUCUGCCGCUCAGCGUGGAUGUCCCACUGCCCUAUCAGGUGGUCAGGGGAGAACAGCUAGAGCUGGAGGGCUCUGUUUACAACCAGGAGUAUGACGAGAUCAUGUACUGUGUGACCCUCUCGGCUGGUCCAGCAAUCUGCCUGCUGAAGUCCAAACCGAGCACCAAGGAGGCAGGGCACCACAUCACGACCUGCUCCUCCUGGAGCCGCCUGCCUGCAAGAGGGGUGGCUAAAGUGACCUUUACCCUGAUGGGCCUAGAGCCUGGAGAACACACCCUGACCUUCACCCUCACAACACAGUCAGGACUCAGAGACGUUGUGAAGAAGAUUCUGCGGGUAGUGCCUGAAGGAGUGAGACAGGUGGUGAACUCUGGGGGAAUACUUGAUCCUCAAGGAGUCUACGGCUCAGAGAAGAGGAGAGUGGUGCUGAAGACCAUCCUGCCAGAAAACAUUGUUCCCAACUCGGCUGUGGAGAGACUGUUGACCAUUAAUGGGGAGCUUCCAGGAGAAGUCGUAUCGGUCAUUGUAGACCCCGACGGUCUCAAACAGAUUCUCAACUUUCCUUCUGGGUCAGCAGUAGCAGAACUAGAGAGACUCCUCCCCCUUGUCCAGGUGUACCAGUACCUGGAGACCAGUGGCAGCUGGGAUAUGCUGGGAGCAGACAUAAAGAAGAACGCCAAGGAGCUGAGGCAAAAGAUCAAAGAUGGUCAGACGGCCCUCAUGUCCUUCAGAAAUGGAGACUUCAGCUACAGCAUGUGGAUGAAGACUGAAUCCAGUACCCUGGUCACCGCUGAGGUGGUCAGGACGCUGUCUAUGGCAGACUCAUUUGUAAAGGUCGACCAUCAAUCUCUCUCAGAAUCUGUCAGCUGGUUGAUCCGCAAAACUCAGCAGGCAGAUGGCUCCUUCAUAGAAAGAGCUCCCCCCAAGAACUCCAAGUUCAUGGCUGAGGGGAUCGAUAAAGUGGAGCAGUCGGUUUACGUGACUUCCUUGGUGCUGAUGGCCCUUCACCGAGCGACGAGCAUCAGAGACCCCAUCCUACAGCUCAGAUCUCAUGAGGACAGCAAGCGAGCAGCAGCAAAGUACCUUUCCAAGCAUGCCCUGAUUGUGAAGAGGAUGUACCUGCGAGCGUUGGCGAACUACGCUCUGACUCUUCAAGACCCCAACAGCGUGGAGGCCAUGGAGCUGCUCUCCUACCUGGAGCAGCACGCUCGACAGAAAGGUAACCCGGUGGAGCGUCGAUACUGGCAGGAGCCUGAUGUGACGGUCAAUUGGGUGAAGCCUGAUGAAUCCAGCGGUCAGACGGUGGAGACAACAGCCUACGUCCUGCUGGCAGUGCUGCUCAAGGGGAGGAUCCAUUACGCCAUCCCCAUCCUGUCCUGGCUGACCCAGGAUCAGAACUACGGAGAAGGUUUCCACUCCUCCAAGGACUUGGUGUUGACUCUGGAGGCUGUGACGGAGUACAGCAAGGUCAUCCCUCGAGCCAUGCUCAACCAGGACAUCAGCAUCCGCUACAGCAGGAAAGGCCAGCUGCAGCAGGUCCAGCUGAGCCAGAGCCGGCCUGUGGCCACGCCCAUCCAGAUAACAGAGAGUGAUGACAUCAUCGUGUCUACAGGCUAUGGAAGGGGCGUGUCCAGCAUAAAGAUGAAGACGGUUUACUAUCAGACCACCGCCUCCACCCAGACCAGAUGUAACUUUGAUCUGACCAUCGAGGUGGUCGGACGCGGCAUCUCCAGCAGUCCAAGCAUGCAAGCUCCUCACCUGGUCGCCUGCUUGAAGUACAGACCUCCUCCUAACGAGGUGUACACAGAGUCCACUCUGACUGUGGUGAAGAUCCAGCUGCCCACAGGUGUGGAGCCUUACCUGGAGGACCUGAGACAGUUCAUGGAAACAGAGGAUCCAGUCAUCUCCCACUAUGAGCUCCAAGGAGACACCAUCAUCAUCCAGAUGGAGUCCGUUCCCUCAGAGAUCUUCCUCUGUGUCGGAUUUCGGGUCAGAACCAGGUUCAGAGUGGUCGGCGCCACAGUGUCGUUGUUAACCGUCACAGAACCUGCAGACAAAGGCAGCCUGUGCACCAAGCAGUUCUCUGGUCAGCAGCAGAAGUUGCAGCGCCUCUGUGUGGGAGAGCAGUGUCAGUGCAUGACAGCUGCAUGUGCGUCCUACAGAGGAGAGGUCAGCUCCACCCUGACAGCAGCCAGACGCACGGAGGAAACCUGCCAGCCUCACAUCAAAUAUGCCUUCAAGGUGACGGUGAAGUCCUCAGCAGCAGAGGGGGACUUUAUGACCUACACAGCCACCAUAGCUGAAGUCCUUAAGAAAAGUCAAGAGUUUGAUGCAGUUGGUCUGCAGAGUGACUUGGACCUGAUAAAGAAGGCCACCUGCAGUGGGGUCGACCUGCAGAACAACAAGCAGUACCUGGUGAUGGGAUCCAGUGGGUCAGAGGUCACAAAUGGAGGCAGCAUCAAGUAUCGUUUGCCUUUGGACUCUGAGGCGCUGGUGGAGCUCUGGCCCACCUCAUGCACGUCUGCGGAGUGUCAGGACUACAGUUCCCAGCUGGAGGGCUACGCUCUGGACCUGCAGCUGUUCGGCUGUCCCUGAUCCAUCACGGUUCUGCACAGUUGAUCUUCCUGGACCGGGGCCUGUUUUAUUAACACAAUCUUAAAAGAAAUAUGAUAUCCAAAAAAAACAGCAGAACUUUUCAUCAAAUUCUCAUCAAUAUCAGCAUUUUUUUAUGUAUUGAAUAAUAAAGUUUAUCUGAAUGAGUUUUUUCUUUAAUUUUUAACCAAUUACUGAUAAAAAUGCAUCCAUCCACCUUCUCCCAGUUAUUCCGUCAGGGCCACAGAUGGAGGCCGGUGCCUCUCUUCCAUAUGGGUGAGAGCCUGGUACAUGCUUGGUUAUUAUUAAAGUCACAGGGAAAUCCUAUUUAAAUGUCAAAUCAUUCUGGCUUAAACAUGUCUAUAAAUGUACUCUUUAUAAGACGAUAUUGUCCCAAAAGUUAGAAAAUUUAUAUUUAAAAAAAAU